ACUUGGCAUUUAACUCCUACUUAAAGUCGCUCUAGAGCCCUAGGCGAAGGAGCAGCAGUGUUCUCCCGGUGCUACGAGAUGAGUGACCCAAAUGGCGAUAAGCUCAUUCUUCGUGGCAUGAUCUUCCACGGCUACCACGGCGUGUACGACGAAGAGAAGAAAUUGGGCCAAAAGUUCCUGGUGGACGCGGAUGUGUGGACCGAUUUGUCCAAGGCUUGCAACAGCGACAACAUCGAGGAUUCAAUCAGCUAUGGAGCGAUCUACAGGAUCGUCAAGGCUGUGGUAGAAGGUCCACCAUUUUCUCUCUUGGAGGCCGUGGCAGCGAGCAUUGCAAAGGGCGUGUUUGAGAGAUUUCCAUCCGCGACGAGCAUUCGCGUGAGAGUGGGAAAGCCUCACGUUGCUGUCAAAGGGAGCGUAGAUUAUUUGGGAGUAGAGAUUUUUCGAAGAAACCCAUCCAGCAAUAAAGAGAUUUAGGGUUCUUGGA